GGAGACAAAAAAAGGAAUUGUUGAUCCAGUUAAAUCUGCAGAGGUCAUGCCUGCAUCAGAAACAGCGACUGAUGACAUAAAAGCCCAGGCAGUUAUCACAAUGGCUGCUCCAAAGGAAACCUCCGAACUUACUGACACUGCCAGCCCCACCCCUGUCAUUCCCAAACCUGUCAAAGGAGAGAAGCUUAAGAGAGCAAAGGUUAAUGAGGAAUCAAUUAAACCUGCAGAAAUGAAGAUGCCAGUUGAAUCCAAAAUAGAUGUUCAGAAGGCCAAGAAAACUGCCAAAGUAACUGUCACUCAGGAGGCCACCAAACCCCCACCCGACAGUACCACCAGCGAGCCAGAAAUGUCCACUGAUAUAGUAAGGGAGAUGUCUAAAGGUACAGUGACUCAGGAGCCCAUUGAUGUUAAAGUGACCUCCAAGAAUAUCCCAGCAAAGCCCAAAACGGAUGAAACACCACAGAAAACAACACCUGAAUCCUCAAUACUUGAAGUUAAAACUACCAUUAGUACAACUCUCGUAACAACUAUAGCUACUUCUGAAGACACAAAACCUGUCAAGGGGAAAGCUACAGUAAAAGAAAAGAUUACAAAAGAAGAGAAGACUGAUGUAAAUGUGACUCCAAAUGUCAAGAAAGAUGAAAAAAUAGUGCCAGAAGAGGCUCCUAAAGUGUCAGUAAAGGGCAUCACAUUAGUACAAAAAGAUACACCUAAGAUCAGUGAAAAUGUUGACACCACAGAGGUGGCUACGGAAACCAAACAAGUGGUUGAGGGGAGCUCUAAAUCAAAAAGGAAGAAAAAGAAAUCUCAAGUUGAGAUAUCCAAGAGUAUCAAUGCAGAGGGACCACCUGACUCUAACUUUGAAAAGGAAAAACCAUGUGUAGACAAGCCCCCUGAGGAGGUGGGGGAAAAUACCCUCCAACCCACUCCAGUAAUUACCUCAGAGCCACUGACUGUGUGUUCCAGCCUAAAGACUAAGGGACCUGUCAAGGAAAAUAAGACUAAAAAAGAGAUUGAUGGGGGAAAAAUAAAGGAAGGGACACAAAUAAAGAAAGUCCCUAAAAUACCUAAGGACCAGAGUGUUUCUGAAGUAGAUCAGAUCCCAGCAGUGCCCCCAGUGGCACUCCCAGAUAAUGCACAAGUAAAGGUUGAGGGGAGCAGUGUCAGCAAAAUAACACAUGAACCAUUAUGCUCUGAGGACAAGUCAAAUACUAAAUUGCCCUGUGUGGAGCAAAUUAAAUCUGAUGAAAUCACUGUGACUAAAGUGGAAACGGUGACGGUGCAGAAAUUAACUCAAGUGGAGCUCAUACAGGCAAGUCCUAAACCUGAAGAGAAAAGCCCUGUGCCAGAAACUCAGAAACCCACAGUUGAGACUAAAUCCCCAAUAAGCACAGUGAAAGCUGCAGAGGAAUCUUCAAAGGGGAAGAAGAAAGGGAAAGGCAAGAAGCAGACAUCAGCAUUAGACACCAUAAACAAAAAACCUGAAGCACUACUCUCCACUAGCAUUACAUCAUUGCCUGGGGACACAGUUAAAGAGAGCCAUGUCACGACCUCCGAACUGACACAACUCAAUGUUUCUCCAAAGAUGACUCCUGAAAGAAUGUGCAGUGAGGAAACCAGGCAGGCAGCAGCUGUGCUCUGUGAGGCCCCGGCAGACAAAGGGGAGGUGGAGCCAGCGCUGCUCUUUGCAGAAAAAAUCAAGCGGGAGGUUCCGAAACCAAAAACAUCCUCCACUGCGAGGGAAGCACCCGCAGCCGGAGAAUUAGCGUCAGCAGCACCAGCGCAGGCAGCUGUAGCUCAGGCGCAGGCCAGCCCCCUCGACAAGCAAGAGGAGCCUCCCAGAGUUGCACAACAUUCAGCCAGUCAGGCAGCAGAGCGCAGCACAGAGAAAAGGCUCUCUGUUUCUGAGGCCUUAAAUCAAGAGCAAGAGAAGAAGAAGGACCCGGAGAAGGACACACCCUCUGCCACUGCCACACCCGCAGCUGCCCAGCCUGACCAGCUUCACCUAGGGGACACCUGUGAGUCUGCAAGCCCCGACUCAGACGAGGCCGCCAUGAAGAGGAAAAUUGUAGUGGUUGAAGAGAUAGUUGAGGUGAAGCAGCUUAUUAGUCCUGAUGCAACUGGGCAGCAGUCGCCUCCUCCACCUGUGCAACUGGAUGAGGAAGGAGAGGAACUGGACCUGGAUGUUCUGGAAGAAAUUGCCAUAGAGAGAGCCCUAUUGACAGCUGCACCAGAGGCCAGGGUGCAGGGAGCCUCACCUGAGCAGGACUGGGACCAUUCAUUGGAGGAGCCAGAGAAGAGGACAUGGCCUAACUUCAUUGAAGAUGAACGUGAUCGAGUACAGAAAAAGACCUUCACAAAAUGGGUGAACAAGCACUUGAUAAAGUCCAAUCCUCCAUCUCUCACCCAGCAGCGGAGGGCAGAGGCGCAGCGUCACGUGACAGACCUGUAUGAAGACCUCCGAGAUGGACAUAACCUGAUCUCUCUGCUGGAGGUCCUCUCUGGGGACACACUGCCGAGGGAGAGAGACGUGGGCAGGAGCACUCGGGUGCCCAGAGAGAAAGGCCGCAUGAGAUUCCACAAACUGCAGAAUGUACAGAUAGCACUGGACUUCCUCAGACACCGGCAGGUCAAGCUGGUUAACAUCAGAAACGACGACAUAGCAGAUGGGAACCCCAAGCUGACCCUGGGGUUAAUAUGGACCAUCAUCCUCCACUUCCAGAUCUCAGAUAUUCAAAUCAGUGGCCAGUCAGAAGACAUGACGGCCAAGGAGAAGCUGCUGCUCUGGUCUAAGACGAUGACGGAUGGCUACCAGAACAUCCGCUGCGAUAACUUCACCACCAGCUGGAGGGACGGCAAGCUCUUCAACGCUGUCAUACACAAGCACUAUCCCAGGCUCAUCGACAUGGGCAAGGUGUACCGACAGACCAAUGUGGAGAACCUGGAACAGGCCUUCGGUGUGGCAGAGAGAGACUUGGGAGUGACUCGUCUACUUGACCCUGAGGAUGUCGAUGUCCAACACCCUGAUGAGAAGUCCAUCAUCACUUACGUAUCAUCCCUGUAUGAUGCCAUGCCUCGGACUGAUGUACAUGAUGGCGCCAGAAGUAACGAGCUGGAGCUGCGCUGGCAGGAAUACUACGAGCUGGUGACUGUUUUGCUCCAGUGGAUCCGCCACCAUGUCAUGAUCUUCGAGGAGAGAAAGUUCCCCACCAGCUAUGAGGAGAUAGAGCUUCUUUGGCGCCAGUUCUUGAAGUUCAAAGAGUCAGAGCUGCCUGUGAAAGAGACGGACAAGAACCGGUCUAAACACAUCUACCAGUCCUUUGAGAGUGCCGUGCAUGCUGGUCAGGUGAAGGUCCCUCCAGGCUACCAUCCCAUUGAUGUGGAGAAAGAAUGGGGUCGACUUCAUGUGGCCAUCCUAGAAAGAGAACGGCUGCUCAGGAUAGAGAUUGAGAGACUCGAGAGGCUCCAGAGGAUUGUCACGAAAGUCCAGAUGGAGUCUGGUUCAUGUGAUGACCAACUCAGCCACCUGGAGACUCUGCUGCAGACGGACAUUCGUCUGCUGAAUGCAGGGAAACCAGCUCAGCACACAGCAGAAGUGGAGAGGGAGCUGGACAAGGCAGAAAACAUGGUCCGCCUGCUCUUCAACGAUGUGCAGAUACUCAAGGAUGGGCGCCACCCUCAGGCUGAGCAGAUGUACCGCAGGGUUUACCGCCUCCAUGAGCGCCUGGUGAACUUGCGCAGCGAUUACAACCUCCGUCUGAAGUCCUCCGUGGUGACUAUGACCCAGCAGACCACCCAGCAGACCAUCCAGAAACCGCGGCCUGAGAUGGAUGAUGUGACUCUUCGUUAUGUCAGAGACCUCCUGGCCUGGGUGGAGGAGAACCAGGUUCGCAUCGAUCAAGCCGAGUGGGGCACCGAUCUGCCUACUGUGGAGUCCCAGCUGGGCAGCCACAGAGGCCUGCACCAAACUGUGGAGGACUUCAAAUCCAAGAUUGAACGGGCCAGGGCUGACGAGAACCAGCUGUCUCCUAUCAGCAAGGGCUCGUAUAGAGAAUACAUGGGUAAACUGGACCUUCAGUAUGGCAAACUACUGAACUCUUCUAAGUCCCGCCUGAGGAACUUGGAUUCACUCCACGGCUUCGUCACCGCUGCCACAAAAGAACUGAUGUGGUUAAACGACAAAGAAGAAGAGGAGGUCAACUUCGACUGGAGCGACAGGAACACCAACAUGACGGCUAAGAAAGACAACUACUCGGGUCUCAUGAGGGAGCUGGAGCUGAGGGAGAAGAAAGUCAAUGAUAUCCAGGCUACGGGAGACAAACUUGUCAGAGAUGGACAUCCUGGCAAAAAGACAGUUGAGGCCUUCACAGCCGCCCUGCAGACUCAGUGGAGCUGGAUCCUCCAGCUGUGCUGCUGUAUUGAGGCUCAUCUCAAAGAAAACACAGCCUACUACCAGUUCUUUGCCGAUGUGAAAGAGGCUCAGGACAAGAUGAAGAAAAUACAAGAGAACAUGAAAAAGAAAUACAGCUGUGAUCGCUCCACCACAGCCACACGCCUGGAGGAUCUGCUGCAGGACACUGUGGAGGAGAAGGAACAGCUGAAUGAAUUCAAGACCCUUGCUACCGGUCUGAACAAGAGAGCCAAGUCCAUCAUCCAGCUGAAACCACGUAACCCCACCACCUCCAUCAAAGGCAAACUGCCCAUUCAGGCUGUGUGUGACUUCAAGCAGCAGGAGAUCACUGUCCACAAAGGAGAUGAGUGCGCUCUACUCAACAACUCACAGCCCUUCAAGUGGAAGGUCCUGAACCGCUCGGGACACGAGGCAGUGGUGCCCUCCGUCUGCUUCAUGGUGCCUCCAGUCAACAAGGAGGCCGUGGACGGUGUGUCCAGUCUGGAUACAGGUUAUCAGCAGAUGGUGACUCUGUGGCAGACCCUCCAUAUCAACAUGAAGAGUUUGCUGUCAUGGCAGUAUCUGAUGAGAGACUUCACACAGAUACGCUCCUGGAACAUCAGCAUGUUAAAGACCAUGAAACCAGAGGAGUACAGGCUGAUGAUGAGGAACCUGGAGCUCCACUACCAGGAUUACAUGCGUGACAGCCAGGACUCGCAGCUCUUUGGCCCAGAUGACCGCAUGCAGGUGGAGGAGGACUACACCAAGUCCACCCAGCAUUUUGAAAACCUGCAGCGCUCCAUGGAGAAAGGUCAGAAGGACGAAACUCUAUGUAAGAACUACAUCUCUGAGAUCAAAGACCUGCGUGUGCGUAUCGAGGACUGUGAGUCCGGGACUGUGGCCCGCAUACGCAAACCUCUGGAGAAGGAACCUCUGAAAGAGUGUGUUCAGAAGACAACAGACCAGAAGAAAGUCCAGGUGACGCUUGAGUGUCUCAAGAAGGACCUUGAUAAGGUUUCUGUGAAGACACAGGAGGUGUUGUCCUCCCCUCAGCCAUCUGCCUCAGCUCCUGUCCUGCGCUCAGAGCUCGACCUCACGGUGCAGAAGUUCGAUCAUGCCCACAUGCUCUCCUCCGUUUAUCUUGACAAGCUGAAGACUGUAGAAAUGGUGAUCCGUAACUCACAGGGGGCUGAGGGAGUUCUCAAGCAGUAUGAGGACUGUCUGCGCGAUGUUCACACCGUACCCAGCGACGCCAAGGAAGUCGAGUCUUACAGAACAACACUAAAGAAAAUGCGAACUGAGGCUGAGGGCGAACAGCCAGUGUUUGACUCUCUGGAAGAAGAGCUGAAGAAGGCCUCCACCGUGAGCAACAAGAUGUCCCGUGUGCACAGCGAGCGAGACGUCGAGCUGGACCACUACCGCCAGCACAUGUCUAAUCUUCAGGACCGCUGGAAGGCCGUGUUCACCCAAAUCGACAUCCGCCAGAGAGAGCUGGAGCAGCUCGGCCGCCAGCUGGGCUACUACCGCGACAGCUAUGAUUGGCUGAUCCGCUGGAUUUCUGACGCCAAGCAAAGGCAGGAGAAGAUCCAGGCUGUGUCCAUCACUGACAGCAAAACUCUGAAAGAGCAGCUGGCCCAGGAGAAGAAACUGCUGGAGGAGAUCGAGAAUAACAAAGACAGAGUUGAUGAGUGUCAAAACUAUGCUAAAGCAUACAUUGAUACUAUCAAGGACUAUGAACUCCAGUUGGUGGCCUACAAAGCCCAUGUGGAUCCUCUUGCUUCUCCCUUGAAGAAAACCAAAAUGGAUUCUGCUUCUGACAACAUCAUUCAGGAGUAUGUAACUCUGAGGACCCGCUACAGUGAGCUGAUGACUCUGACUAGUCAGUACAUCAAGUUCAUCACCGACACGCAGCGCCGCCUGGAGGACGAGGAGAAAGCUGCAGAGAAACUCAAAGCGGAAGAGCAGAAAAAAAUGGCCGAGAUGCAGGCUGAGUUAGACAAACAGAAGCAGUUAGCUCAAGCUCACGCAAAGGCCAUUGCCAAAGCUGAGAAAGAGGCUCAAGAGCUGAAGCUCAGAAUGCAGGAAGAAGUAAACAAGAGAGAGAUUGCUGCUGUAGAUGCAGAAAAGCAAAAGCAGAACAUCCAGCAGGAACUGCACGAGCUCAAAAACCUCUCAGAGCAGCAGAUCAAGGAUAAAGGUCAGCUGGUGGAUGACGCUCUUCAAAGCAGGACCAAAAUUGAGGAGGAAAUCCGCAUCAUCAGGCUCCAACUUACUACAACAGUAAAACAAAAGACUACCGCUGAAACCGAGCUCAAGCAGCUUCGUGACAGAGCAGCUGAAGCUGAGAAACUGAGAAAAGCAGCUCAGGAUGAAGCCGAAAAGCUCCGCAAACAAGUAAAUGAAGAGACCCAGAAAAAGCGCAUGGCAGAGGAGGAACUCAAGCGCAAAUCUGAGGCAGAGAAAGAAGCUGCCAAACAAAAGCAAAAGGCUUUGGAAGACCUUGAAAACCUCAAGCGACAGGCAGAGGAGGCUGAAAGGCAAGUGAAGCAAGCCGAGAUUGAAAAGGAAAGACAAAUCCAGGUUGCUCAUCAGACAGCCCUGAAGAGUGCCGCCGCUGAGCUCCAGAGCAAACACACCUCCUUUGAGCAGAAGACCUCCAUGUUGGAAGAAUCACUCAAACAAGAACACGGAACUGUUCUUCAGCUGCAACAAGAAGCAGCACAUAUCAAGAAGCAACACGAGGAUGCGAUAAACGCCAGAGAAGACGCUGAAAAGGAGCUUGAGAAAUGGAGGCAAAAAGCCAACGAGGCCCUCCGUCUAAGACUCCAAGCUGAAGAGGAAGCUCACAAGAAGAGUCUUGCUCAAGAAGAUGCUGAGAAACAAAAGGAAGAGGCUGAGCGUGAGGCUAAAAAGCGAGCCAAAGCUGAAGACUCGGCCCUGAAGCAGAAAGACAUGGCUGAGAAAGAACUUGAGAGGCAGAGGAAGGUGGCCGAGAGCACCGCUCAGCAGAAACUCACCGCAGAGCAGGAGCUAAUUCGACUCAAGGCAGACUUUGACAAUGCAGAACAGCAGAGAUCCCUCCUUGAAGAUGAACUAUACCGCCUGAAAAAUGAAGUCAUUGAAGCACAGCAACAAAGGAAACAGCUGGAGGAUGAACUGGCCAAAGUGAGGAGUGAAAUGGAUUUACUCAUACAGCUUAAGUCCAAGGCAGAAAAGGAGACCAUGUCCAACACAGAGAAGAGCAAACAACUUCUUGAGGCUGAAGCUGCCAAGAUGAAAGGAGUGGCUGAGGAAGCAGGCAAGCUUCGAGCCAUCGCAGAGGAGGCAAAGCAUCAACGGCAAGUCGCUGAAGAAGAGGCGGCUCGUCAGAGAGCCGAGGCUGAGAGGAUUCUCAAAGAGAAGCUGGCUGCAAUCAGCGAGGCCACUCGUCUAAAAACAGAGGCUGAAAUCGCCUUGAAAGAGAAGGAGGCAGAAAACGAAAGGCUCCGGCGCCACGCUGAGGAUGAGGCUUACCAGAGGAAAGCUCUUGAAGACCAGGCCAACCAGCACAAGCAAGAGAUUGAUGAAAAGAUCAUCCAGCUCAAAAAAUCAUCCGAGGCUGAAAUGGACAGACAAAAGGCAAUUGUGGAUGAUACACUGAAACAGAGGCGAGUUGUCGAAGAAGAAAUCCGAAUUCUUAAGCUCAACUUCGAAAAGGCUUCAUCUGGAAAACUUGAUCUGGAGCUGGAGCUGAACAAGCUGAAGAACAUUGCAGAGGAAACUCAACAAAGCAAACUGAGAGCAGAGGAGGAGGCGGAGAAACUACGGAAGCUUGCCCUUGAGGAGGAGAAGAGGAGGAGGGAGGCAGAGGAAAAGGUAAAAAAGAUUGCCGCCGCAGAGGAAGAAGCAGGCAGACAACGCAAGGCCGCCCAGGACGAGCUUGAUCGGCUGAAAAAGAAAGCAGAAGAAGCCAGAAAGCAGAAAGAAGAGGCUGAUAUCGAAGCUGAAAAGCAGAUUGUUGCAGCCCAACAAGCAGCCCAAAAAUGCAAUGCGGCCGAACAUCAAGUCCAGAGUGUCCUUGCUCAACAAAAGGAAGACAUCCUCAUGCAAAAGAAGCUGAAGGAGGAGUACGAGAAGGCCAAGAAGCUUGCCAAAGAGGCAGAGGCAGCUAGGGAGAAGGCAGAAAAGGAGGCAGCUCUCCUUCGUCAACAAGCAGAGGAUGCAGAGCGGCAAAAGGCUGCUGCUGAGCAAGAAGCGCUUAACCAAGCCAAAGCUCAGGAGGAUGCUGAGAGGUUGAGAAAGGACGCUGAAUUCGAAGCUGCUAAACGAGCUCAAGCAGAAGCUUCAGCACUCAAGCAGAAGCAGCAAGCCGAUGCUGAAAUGGCAAAGCACAAAAAACUGGCAGAGCAAACACUGAAACAGAAGUUCCAAGUCGAACAAGAGCUCACAAAGGUGAAGCUGAAGCUUGAUGAUACUGAUAAACAGAAAUCUCUCCUGGAUGAAGAGCUGCAGCGCCUGAAGGACGAGGUUGAUGAUGCUGUCAAACAAAGAGGCCAGGUGGAGGAGGAGCUGUUCAAAGUCAAGGUUCAGAUGGAGGAGCUGCUCAAACUAAAGAACAAAAUUGAGGAGGAAAAUCAACGUCUGCUGAAGAAAGACAAAGAUAACACACAGAAACACCUGGCAGAGGAGGCUGAAAACAUGAAAAGGCUUGCAGAGGAUGCCGCUAGGCUAACUGUAGAAUCUCAAGAGGCUGCACGCCUGAGACAGAUUGCAGAAGACGACCUCAAUCAGCAACGAGCUCUCGCAGAGAAGAUGCUCAAAGAGAAAAUGCAGGCCAUACAGGAGGCAUCUAAACUCAAAGCUGAGGCGGAGAUGCUCCAAAGACAGAAGGACUUGGCUCAGGAGCAGGCACAAAAGCUGAUGGAGGAUAAGCAGCUAAUGCAACAGCGUCUGGAAGAGGAAACGGAGGAAUAUCAGAAGUCACUUGAAGCUGAGAGGAGGAGACAAUUAGAGAUCGUAGCUGAAGCAGAAAAACUCAAGCUUCAGGUUUCUCAGCUCAGCGAAGCCCAGGCCAAGGCUCAAGAUGAAGCUAAAAAAUUCAAGAAACAGGCUGAUAAGAUUGCUGCACGUCUUCAUGAGACUGAGAUGGCCACCCAAGAAAAAAUGACGGUAGUGGAAAGACUGGAAUUCGAGAGACUUAAUACCAGCAAAGAGGCGGAUGAUUUACGUAACGCAAUCGCAGACCUAGAGAACGAGAAGGAUAGGCUGAAAAAGGAAGCAGAAGAACUUCAAAAUAAAUCUAAAGAGAUUGCUGAUGCACAGCAGAAACAAAUGGAACAUGAGAAGACAAUGCUCCAGCAGACAUUCCUGACAGAAAAAGAGAUGCUUUUGAAGAAGGAGAAGCUAAUUGAAGAUGAGAAAAAGAGGCUGGAGAGCCAGUUUGAAGAAGAGGUCAGAAAGGCCAAAGCUCUCAAAGAUGAACAGGAACGUCAGAGACGGCAGAUGGAGGACGAGAAGAAGAAACUCCACGCUACCAUGGAUGAGGCCCUCAAUAAACAAAAAGAGGCGGAGCAAGAGAUGCUUAACAAGCAAAAAGAAAUGCAAGAACUGGAAAGAAUGAGACUCGAGCAGGAAAGGAUUCUUGCCGAAGAGAACCAGAAAUUGCGCGAGAAGCUGCAGCAGCUUGAGGAAGCACAGAAGAACCAACCCAAAGAAAAAGAGCUCAUUUAUUCAAAAACGGUUGAGACAACAAGAACCGUUUAUAAUGGCCAGAAUGCUGGUGAUGUGGUUGACAGUGUGGAUAAGAAACCAGAUCCCUUGUCUUUUGAUGGCAUACGUGAGAAGGUGCCAGCAAGCAGACUUCAUGAUGUUGGUCUAUUACCCAAGAAAGAGUUUGACAGGCUGAAGAAAGGCAAAACCACGGUGCAAGAGCUUGGUGAGACUGAAUAUCUAAAGAAAAUUCUCAAAGGAAAGGACUGCAUUGCUGGUGUUUUGACACCAUCUAAUCAAAAAAUGUCCAUUUAUCAAGCAUCAAAAGAGAAGAAAAUUACCCCAGGCACUGCCAUGAUCCUUCUUGAAGCCCAAGCAGCCACUGGUUACAUUCUAGACCCAAUUAAGAACCAGAAACUUUCUGUUAAUGAGGCUGUCAAAGAAGGCGUGAUUGGUCCUGAACUGCACAACAAAAUGCUUUCAGCUGAGAGGGCAGUCGUUGGUUACAAAGAUCCAUACACCGGUGGGAAGAUCUCUGUCUUUGAAGCUAUGAAGAAGGGUCUGCUAGAACAUGAUCAUGCCAUCAGAGUACUUGAGGCUCAGCUCGCAACUGGUGGCAUUGUCGAUCCCAACAAUAGUCACCGGGUACCCAAUGAAACUGCCUACAAACAGGGUCAAUAUGAUGCUGAAAUGAACAAGAUUAUGGAGAAGCCUUCAGAUGACACAAAGGGAUACUUUGACCCCAGCACUCAGGAACCUUUGACAUAUUCUGAGCUGAUGGCAAGAUGCUCCACUGACCCUGACACCGGUCUGCUACUCCUGCCAAUCACAGACAAAGCUGCUCAGUGCUCCAGCAUCUACACAGAGGAGGAGACCAAAGAUGUGUUCAGCAAAACCACUGUGUCUGUGCCAUUUGGACGAUUCCAAGGAAAGACUGUGACCAUUUGGGAAAUAAUCAAUUCAGAGUACUUCACAGAGGACCAGAAGAAGGACCUUCUCCGUCAGUACAAGACAGGCAAAAUCACCAUUGAAAAAAUUAUUAAGAUUGUGAUCACAGUUGCAGAAGAUAAAGAGAAGAAGAAUGAGAUUACAUUUGAUGGUCUGAGAGCACCUGUCCCUGCCACUGAGCUGCUGGAGUCCAAAAUCAUUGAUAAAGAUCUCUACAAUAAAUUGCACAAAGGCAAAAAGACCGUCAAAGAGGUGUCCGAAAUGGGGCCUGUCCACAAGGCACUGAAGGGUACAAACUGUAUUGCAGGUGUAGUUAUGGACUCAUCCAAGGAGACAAUGUCCUUCUAUCAAGCUAUGAAGAAAGACAUGAUGAGGGCAGGGCCGGCCUUACAUAUGCUUGAAGCCCAAGCAGGAACAGGAUACGUCGUUGAUCCUGUUCACAAUCAGAAGUACACUGUUGAUGAAGCUGUUAAGGCCGGCGUUGUUGGUCCUGAACUGCAUGAAAAACUCCUGUCUGCAGAGCGUGCUGUUACAGGGUACAAAGAUCCUUAUACUGGAAAGACUGUAUCUCUGUUCCAGGCAAUGAAGAAAGAUCUCAUCCCUAAAGAACAAGGAAUCCGAUUGCUUGAUGCCCAAAUGGCUACAGGUGGCAUCAUUGAUCCAGUAAAGAGCCAUCAUAUUCCUCAUGAUGUGGCCUGCAAGAGAAAUUACUUUGAUGAUGAAAUGAAAGAGAUUCUAAAUAGCCCCACUGAUGAAACAAAGUGCUUCUUUGACCCCAACACAAAAGAAAAUGUGACAUACUCAGAGCUCUUCAAGAGAUGUGUCCCUGACAAGAAAACUGGUCUUCCACUUUUGCCUCUUUCUGACGAAGCAAUCAAUGCAAAGGAGGAACCAUCUUACAAUGAAGCCCAGACAAAAGAGGCAAUGACUCAGGCAACUGUGGAGCUUGACUCUGGGCCAUUUAAAGGCAGGAAGAUGACCAUCUGGGACAUCAUCAACUCAGAUUAUCUCACUGAGGAGCAAAGGCUUGACCUGCUCAGACAGUUUAGGUCAGGAAAGCUUACAAUUGAAAAGAUAAUAAAGAUUGUCAUCACAAUUGUAGAUGAGAAAGAGGCCAAGAAACGAGAACAGUCCAGCUUCAAGGGACUUAGAGCUCCUGUCCCAGCAAGCUCUCUGUAUGAUUCCAAAAUCAUUGACAAGCCAACCUUUGACCAACUUCAGCAAGGCAAAACAACACCUAAACAAGUCAGUGAGAAUCCCAAUGUCAAUAAAUACCUCCAGGGAUCUGAUAGUAUCGCUGGCAUCUACCUAGAGCCAACCAAAGAGAAAGUAAGCAUUUAUCAGGCCAUGAAGAAAAAGCUCCUCAGACAAAAUACAGGGCUUUCACUUCUUGAGGCCCAGGCUGCUACUGGAUUCCUUGUAGAUCCAGUGAGGAACCAGUGUCUGACGGUAGACGAGGCAGUGAAGUCAGGCCUUGUUGGCCCAGAGCUACAUGAAAAACUUCUCUCUGCAGAAAAAGCUGUCACUGGUUAUAAAGAUCCAUUCACAGGCAACAAAAUCUCCCUCUUUGAGGCUGUGCAAAAAGAUCUCAUCCCGACGGAGCAUGGUAUGCCUCUAAUUGAGGCACAGAUGGUUAGUGGAGGAAUCAUUGAUCCUGUAAACAGCCAUCGUGUCCCAAGUGAUGUUGCAUAUCAGAAGAACAUUUUCAGCAAAGAAACUGCCAAGACUCUAUCUGAACCAUCUGAUGAAAACAAGGCAUUCAUCGACCCAGAAACCGACGAGAAAGCUACCUACAGACAGCUGAAAGACAGGUGCCAUAAAGAUCCAGAGACCGGCCUGUACAUCCUUCCACUCUCAAAGCCUCAGUCUCCAACUGUUGUCGAGAAGACAUACCUCUACACAGAGGAACAGACACAGAGCGACUUGACCAGCACCCAGAUUGACAUUCCAAUUGAAGGUUUUGCUGAUAAACCAAUGAACCUCUGGGAAAUCAUGAACUCAAACUUGCUUCCAGAGACAGAGAGGCAGAAGCUCAUGGAUGAAUAUCGUGCUGGAAAUAUCACUAAAGAGCGGAUGAUCAUCAUUAUAAUUGAGAUUAUGGAGCAGAGAGAGAUUGUCAGAAAUGAUAGCCCACUGUCAUGUAAGACUAUAAGGAGAAGGAUAACUAUUGAGGAGCUCUUCAGUGCCCGCAUCAUUGACUUGGAGACAUACAACCUCCUUAAACAGGGCAAGAGGGACAUUCGUGACAUAAUGGAGAUGACCAGUGUGAAACAGUAUCUCUAUGGCACAGGCUGUGUCGCUGGGGUCACAACAGAUUCAAGCUCCAAGUUAAGCAUAUACCAAGCAAUGAAGAGAGGUUUUUUGAAACCAGAACUGGCCCUCAGCCUCCUAGAAGCACAAGCUGCUACAGGAUUCAUUGUCGAUCCAAUUCAAAAUGAAACACUGACGGUUGACGAAGCUGUGCGUAAGGGUGUUGUUGGCCCCGAGAUCCAUGAUAAACUUCUGUCAGCUGAGAGAGCAGUCACAGGAUACAAAGAUCCAUACAGUGGGAAAAUCAUAUCCCUUUUCCAGGCCAUGAAAAAGGAUCUUGUUCCAGAGGAUUAUGCUCUGAAAAUGUUAGAGGCCCAAACUGCCACUGGUGGUAUUAUUGAUCCAGAAUUCCAGUUUCACCUGCCAGAAGAUAUUGCCAUGAAAAGAGGAUACAUCAACAAGGAAACCAACGAGAAGUUGAGUGACAGCGUUAAAGGAUUUACCGACCCAGUCAACAACGAGGACCUGUCAUAUGCACAGCUGAUCAAGAGAUGCAAGUUAGAUGGCGGGUUGCGCCUCCUCUCCCUGGGUGACAAGAGGCUGAUGUUUAAGGGUCUAAGAAAACAGAUCACGAUGGAGGAGCUGCUCCGUUCACAAAUUAUUGACCAGCAGACUGUCACUGAGCUGAAUGAAGGUCUCAUUUCAGUAGAGGAGGUUAGCAAUAGACUAUCAAGGUACCUUGAGGGCACAAGCUGUAUUGCUGGUGUAUUUCUAGAAUCUUCAAAGGAUCGUCUAUCAAUUUAUCAGGCCAUGAAGAAGAACAUGAUUAGGCCAGGCACAGCUUUUGAGCUCCUUGAGGCACAGGCAUCCACAGGAUAUGUCAUUGAUCCAAUCAAAAACCUUAAACUGACCGUCAGUGAUGCAGUGAGAAUGGGAAUUGUAGGACCCGAAUUCAAAGACAAGCUCCUCUCUGCUGAGCGUGCAGUGACAGGAUAUAGGGAUCCUUAUUCAGGCAAGACAAUCUCCCUGUUCCAGGCUAUGAAAAAGGGGCUCAUCUUGAAAGAUCAUGGGAUCCGUCUCUUGGAAGCCCAGAUUGCCACUGGUGGAAUCAUUGACCCAGAGGAAAGUCACCGUCUGCCAGUUGAGGUGGCCUACAAACGUGGCUUCUUUGAUGAGGAAAUGAAUGAGAUCUUGACAGAUCCAUCUGAUGACACCAAAGGCUUCUUUGAUCCCAACACUGAGGAAAACCUGACCUACCUCCAGCUAAUGGAGAGGUGCAUCACUGAUCCCGACACCGGCCUGGUGCUCCUGCUCUUGAAAGAAAAGAAGCGGGAAAGGAAGACAUCUUCCAAAUCCUCAGUUCGUAAACGCAGAGUUGUCAUCGUAGACCCAGAGACUGGCAAAGAAAUGACUGUGUAUGAGGCCUACAGAAAGGGACUCAUUGACCACCAAACCUACCUGGAGCUUGCUGAGCAGGAGUGUGAAUGGGAAGAGAUCACAAUGACCUCCUCUGAUGGUACUGUCAAGUCCAUCAUCAUUGACAGGAGGUCAGGGAGACAAUAUGAUGUUGAUGAUGCCCUUUCACGUGGCCUCAUUGACCAGAAAGCACUUGAUACAUACCGAUCUGGAAACUUAGCCAUCACAGAAUUUGCCGACAUGCUUUCUGGAAAUAUGGGAGGCUUCCGCUCACGCUCAUCUUCCUUUGGUUCCACCACUGGUUCCACCUACUCCUCUCCGAUGAGCCCCAUACCCUCAAUUAAAGCACCUGCAGUAAUGUGGAAUGACCCAUCAGAGGUGACUGUCCCAAUUGCUGGAAUACUGGACAUAGACACACUGGAGAAGGUGUCUGUCACCGAGGCCAUACACAGAAACCUGGUAGACAACAUCUCUGGCCAAAGAUUGUUGGAGGCCCAAGCCUGCACAGGUGGAAUUAUUGACCCCACAACUGGAGAGAGAUUCCCAGUGAAUGAUGCUACCGAAAAAGGUCUUGUGGAUAAGAUCAUGGUUGAUCGCCUCAACCUUGCUCAAAAAGCAUUCAAUGGAUUUGAAGACCCCAGAACUAAAGAGAAGAUGUCUGCCUCCCAGGCUCUAAAGAAAGGCUGGUUGUACUAUGAAGCUGGGCAGCGUUUCCUUGAGGUCCAAUAUCUGACUGGUGGACUCAUCGAGCCAGAUGUUGAGGGCAGAGUGUCACUAGAUGAAUCCAUCAGGAAGGGCACAAUCGACGCCCGCACUGCCCAGAAACUGAGAGAUGCUGGUGCUUAUUCUAAGUAUCUAACAUGUCCAAAAACCAAACUGAAAAUCUCCUUCAAAGAUGCCAUGGACAAAAGCAUGGUCGAGGAAGGAUCUGGCCUAAGGCUCCUGGAGGCCUCCUCACAAUCCAGCAAAGGCCUCUACAGUCCCUACAAUGCUAGUAACCCUGGAUCUAACUAUGGCUCCCGGACUGGCUCAAGAACCGGAUCCCGAUCAGGCUCCAGGAGAGGCAGCAUUGAUGCUGGCUUCAGCACAACCUUCUCGUCCUCCUCCUUCACAUCCACUUCAUCUGGCUACGGCCGCAGAUUCUGAUUAGCUAGUCCUGUUCCUAACAAUAUCCCAAAUGUCUAAAAACAAACAAUACUAAUGCACUUUACAGUUGCAUUUUCUAAGGAAAAAAGGUUACAGUAACAAAGAAAUUAUAAUUUAUUUAUUCUGCCCCACAUCAAGAUUUGCCCAGGCUAUUGAUUAUUUUUUCAUAUAUGAUGUUAGAUGUCUAAACGUGUGCCUCAUAUAUGGAGACAUAAGCAUAUCAAGCAUUACUAGAUAUAUAAAAUAUUAUUAGUACUAAUUUCCAGUCAGUUUAUAUUUUUCAAAGCAAAGCAUGGCAUUUUUGCUGUUUUUUAAGUGACUUUAUAGUUUUCAUUUUACACUUGUUAAAAAGUUGUAUACUUGAGCUUUCUGAAACUAAUAUAUACUUUAUGUAUGUCAAACAGAGAUAUUUUUCCAGUAUUCCUUUAAAAUCCAAGGAUAUUUGUCUAUUUUUUAAUCUUUUUCGACAGUCCUACUAAAUGAGAUACUGUACGUCAACGUAGUUAUAAUGUUUUUAACAGAAAAUACAUAGAUGCCUUCACAUUUCUGAAUGUUUGUAUAGAGUAUGGAAAGAUUUUGUGUUAUGUUUUUAUGUUAAAUGUUAAAUGUUGCCUGGGUAACUAAAUAAUAAACCCAGUAAGAAUACACCUGUUAGGCACACAUAAGAGACACUACAGGAAUACAACACUGAAAAGAAAUACCAGAAUUAAAAUUAUGCAGAGCAUUCAAAAACCAGUUUCACAUCUGUCAUUAUUUUGUACUUACGCCCAUUGAUAUUUAGUGAACAUUUGCAUCCUUUGGGUUCAUUACACCAUUCAUUUACACACUCCAAGCUUUAGAUUCUUUAUGUUCACCAUCAGUCAAGUGCUCCUGGUUAAUCCCAAGAUGAUGUCAGACUUGAUCCUGCUCUCCCAUACAGACCUACAUCCUGUUAUUUUGGUUCUUCUGCCUCACUCCCCCAGAAUCCAACAUAUGAACAGAGAUACUCAGCUGGCCGGAGCAUACGAUCCCCUGGAUGGAUUUGUGAGUCAAUGUCAUCCUCACACACUUCCACAGAUCUGCCAUUGAGUAUGUCCUUUCUUCCAUUGCACAUCUCAUUUGAAGAAAGCUGAGGCUGAAUCAACCUGACACCAUCUUGGGAUACCUUUCUAGGAACACUCAUUACAUUACAUUUUUCAUAUAUUUAUUACUUGAACUCUAAUAGUGAUAUUUAAGUCGUCAUAUCCUGAUUUUUUUUUUUUUUGAGAACACUCCUAAAUCAUACACGCAUCUACAUGUGUAUUAUUUCAUAUAAAUUGGCUACUCAGUAUAUUUUUGUAAUAUCUCUGUAAAUUCAGUCCUACCAAAGUGCUAAAAAGAUACAUUUGGAGAAUUGACAUGUUUUAUACAACACCACAUUGCAUGAAUGUAUGUAUUAUAUCAAGCUAUCUCAUCGCAGUUGACAUUUUUGCCACAGAUUUACUUUGCAAACUGAAAAAGCGCCCAAAGCUUUGUUUUGCUUCAUUAUUUUUCAGCUGCAAGUGUUUCUGUUAUGUAUCUCUAAAGUGUUUUACCUUUGUAAAUCUUUAUAUUUUGUUUUCAUCAAGUUUUUGAUAUAUCAUGAAUUUGCCUUGCAUGUUUCACUAACUUUACAAUGGAUUUUUUGAGGGGAAAUGUUAAUGUAUAAUACGGACAAGUGCAGAUGUAGUUGUGCCGAUUUUAAUUUUUAGCAAUAUAUCAAUUCACAAACUAACUCGUUCGUGUUGCUUAUGGGGCAGAUUUAGCUUUGAAUGAUGUGGUGAGUGGAUUCUGUUGUAUGUUCUGAACAUUAACACUAUGUUGUAAAUAAAUAUGAUCUGAAGAGG